AUGGAUCCUCAACGCUACACCAACGUCAACUACGACGAGCCUCCACCGCCUUACGAAUAUCUGCAAGAUCAAGAACUUCCUGGCUCAUCGAUUCACGAACUUCCAGAUCGGCACAUACCCACUCAGGAACUUGAAGAAUUCCAUGGGCUCACUGAGUUAGAAGGUUCUCCAACUCAAGCCAGCCAAGCAUCGUACCCGCUUUCAAACGAAGCCAGUGAGCGCGUUAUGAACACCAGCCCUUCAGUGCUACAGCCAUCCAACCCUAGCGAGGAUCAAAUGUUACUCUGGAACCUGUAUACGCAGCAGCCCUUCGCCACAGCGCCCAGUAUGACCCGCGAUGGACAGUCACAUACAUCGUCGCCCAUUUCACCUAGCACACCUGAUUUUGAUGGUCUUGGCUCCAUCCAGUAUCAUUCAAAUCGAGAUGUGGCAUCUGGUACGGUAUCGCCCCUAGAGAGUGUCUCGUCCUACAGAGGCUACUGGUCAAAGUCGCACUUGGUGGACAUAGACUGCAACUAUGCUUCGCGCAUCAGCCUUCCGACCUCGUCGGAAGCAAGCCCCGUGGAGUCUUUCCGAGAACUAGGGCAGCAAUCCGAAACGGGAAACUUCCACAUGCAGCAAGACGGCUAUUCCUCUUCUGCGGUAUCGCUCGCGCCCACAGACAAUGAACAAUAUAACCCCAACAACGAUUCGCUUCUCCCAUGGGAUGGGGUAGUGCUACAACCUUAUGGGCGAUCGCACAGCACCGCACGCAUUCCCUUGGGUGAUUACACGUAUUCUGAUAACCUUGGAUGGCGAUAUUGUGGCGGGUACGGGAUAGAGGAGACUGCGGAUGAAGAGGCCAAGCACACGAUGUUAGCAGUCAGCAAGCCGGACUCUUCGCAGCCAGCUAGCAACUUCUUUGAGAAUCAACAGCCGUCGCGCAAGUACAUUGAGCUCUACGACCACCAAGAUCCUGAGCUCCGCAUCGCGUCAAGACCAGAUGACAUCGAUCAUCCGCUAGUGCCUUGUGCUCAAUGCAACAAAACAUUUAGUGGCAGGUAUGGGAAAGGUAACUUGAGACGACAUGUCCUCGCUUUCCACAACCCACUGGCGACCGUGUUGGGGACAGCGUGUCGUGUCUGCAAGAAGGCGUACAGACGCGCGGAUGCCACACGAAAACACGAGUGGAACAAACAUCAAAUCUCGGACGCAAAGCCUAAGAAACGAGCGAAGUAG